GCACGCGGCGAGGUUGACUCACCGGAAGUGGAAGUAGGAAGCGAGCGAAACAUUUCCCACCGGCUCCGUCUCUUUGUCCGUCCACCUUCCCCCGCUAAGCAACAUCCGCAGCGACGCCAUGGCCAAUGUUGCCGACACCAAGCUCUACGACAUCCUCGGCGUGUCUCCGUCCUCCUCUGAGAACGAACUGAAGAAGGCGUACAGGAAGCUGGCCAAAGAGUACCACCCUGACAAGAACCCAAAUGCUGGUGACAAGUUCAAAGAAAUCAGCUUCGCCUACGAGGUGCUGACCAACCCCGAGAAGAAGGAGCUGUACGACCGCUAUGGCGAGCAGGGCCUGCGGGAAGGCGGCGGGGGCGGCCCCGGCAUGGACGACAUCUUCUCGCACAUCUUCGGCGGCGGACUCUUCGGCUUCAUGGGAGGCCAGGGCAGCCGCUCGCGCAACGGCGGGCGCAGGAGAGGGGAGGACAUGGUGCAUCCGCUCAAAGUGUCACUGGAGGACGUUUACAACGGGAAGACGACCAAACUGCAACUCAGCAAGAAUGUACUCUGUAGCACUUGUAACGGGCAAGGCGGCAAGACGGGCGCCGUACAAAAAUGUAGUGCGUGUCGAGGGCGCGGCAUGCGCAUCAUGAUCAGGCAGCUGGCGCCAGGCAUGGUCCAACAGAUGCAGUCCGUGUGCACCGACUGUAACGGCGAAGGCGAGGUGAUCAGCGAGAAGGACCGCUGUAAGAAGUGCGAGGGCAAGAAGGUGGUGAAGGAGGUGAAGAUCCUGGAGGUGCACGUGGACAAAGGCAUGAAACACGGCCAGAAGAUCACCUUCGGCGGCGAGGCGGACCAGGCGCCCGGAGUGGAGCCGGGCGACAUCGUCCUCGUCCUGCAGGAGAAGGAGCACGAGACGUUCAGGCGAGAAGGCAACGACCUGUUCAUGAACCACAAGAUCGGCCUGGUGGAGGCGCUGUGCGGCUUCCAGUUCAUGCUGAAGCAUCUAGACGGCAGACAGAUCGUGGUCAAGUACCCCGCCGGGAAGGUCAUCGAGCCAGACUCUGUGAGGGUGGUGCGAGGGGAGGGCAUGCCUCAGUACCGGAACCCCUUUGAGAAGGGAGACUUGUACGUCAAGUUUGACGUGCAGUUCCCCAGCAACAACUGGAUCAGUCCAGAGAAACUGACGGAGCUGGAGGACAUGCUGCCAUCACGGUCGGAGGCGCCCAUCAUCACGGGCGACACGGAGGAGGUGGACCUGCAGGACUACGACGUCAGCCAGGGCUCCUCGUCGGGCGGCCGCAGGGAGGCCUACAACGACAGCUCCGACGAGGAGGGCGGCCCCCACGGCCCCGGGGUCCAGUGCGCCCACCAGUAGUCUCCCACCCGGGCGAAGGAGGGCGUGGCACGGAGCCACGCCGUGAGGGCUUGCAUCACAUCUAGAGACUUGAUCAGGUAUUUAAAGAGGCGGCUGCACUGAUCCAGUGUCCCCCCUCCCCCUUACAGUAUGUCCUCUGGGGGGGGGGGGCACUGGAUCCUCCGCACAGAAGAAUGUCUCCUUUCUUCAUUUUUGUUUUUCCAUAGAAUAUACAAUAAUUUAAACCUUUUCAUCCACCCGGCGCCAGUCAUGAGUCAUUUUUUUAUAACUUGAUUAUUUGUCUAGGUUUUUACUUUAAACUCCCCCCCACCACCCCCACACCCGCUUUACGUUUUUAGACCGCUGACACCACACCUUCAUCGUGUGCUUCUUUCUCCUCGCCUUGCUUUGGCGCCUGUAUUCCAAGUGGUGUGGUUUUUAAAAACAAACGCCUACAUUUAAAAAAAAAAUAAAAAAAAGGAAAAAAUACAAACUGGCCUGCAUCUGUGCUGAGACCGUGUGUGCAUGUCAAAUAAAUAAAGAGCUUUUGGUUCCUGCACUUGUACAGCAGACUCGUGAAGACGCGCCUCAAAAGUGUUGAAAUUGUUGAAUAAAUGUUUGAAGCAGUCAGCUAGUCUCCUCAUUCCACACUCGGAAAUGUGCAAAGACAAGAUAUUUACUGCUCGAACUGCUCAACUUUUGUUAUUUUGUUUGCAAAUAUUAGCUCAUUUGGAAUUUGAUGCCUGCAACAUUUUUCAAAAAAGCUGGCACAAGUGGAAAAAAAGACUGAGAAAGUUGAAGAAUGCUCAUCAAACCCUUACCGUAUUUUCCGCACCAUAAGGCGCCCUGGGUUAUAAGCCGCGCCUUCAAUGAACAAUUAACCCUCUAACACCUAAAGUAUCAUAAGUGAUACAUACGUUUUAGUCUUCUACAUCAUCAGUGUGAUUAGUUUUGUCCUUAAAAGCCUGACCUGUCGGAUCACACACAUGCAAUACACGUGUCGAAAGUGUAAUUAACCCUUUAACACCUAAAGUAUCAUAAGUGAUACAUAUGUUUUAGUCUUCUACAUCAUCAGUGUGAUUAGUUUUGUCCUAAAAAGCCUGACAUAUCAGAUCACACGCAUGCAAUACACGUGUCGAAAGUGUAAUUAACCCUUUAACACCUAAAGUAUCAUAAGUGAUACAUACGUUUUAGUCUUCUACAUCAUCAGUGUGAUUAGUUUUGUCCUAAAAAGCCUGACCUGUCAGAUCACACGCAUGCAAUACACGUGUUGAAAGUGUAAUUAACCCUUUAACACCUAAAGUAUCAUAAGUGAUACAUACGUUUUAGUCUUCUAAAUCAUCAGUGUGAUUAGUUUUGACUUGAUCAGGUAUUUAAAGAGGCGGCUGCACUGAUCCAGUGUCCCCCCCCCCCCUCUACAGUAUGUCCUCUGGGGGGGGGGGCACUGGAUCCUCCGCACAGAAGAAUGUGUGACCGUGUGUGCAUGUCAAAUAAAUAAAGAGCUUUUGGUUCCUGCACUUGUACAGCAGACUCGUGAAGACGCGCCUCAAAAGUGUUGAAAUUGUUGAAUAAAUGUUUGAAGCAGUCA